UAUAUGGGAGGUUUGGAAGGACAUAUGCCACAGCAAUCAUGUGAUGAAAAUUAAAGUGAAAGUUUUGGGCCCAGUGCCGAAAGGAGGAGAAGAGGAGGAAAAAAAAAAUCUGUGUAUGCGCAAGAGGCUGUUGAUGUGCAAAUGUGAAUUCUAUCGAGGAGGGCUGAAUAGGGAGGUGUGACGUAAGGAGGGGACACGGACGCAGGUGCUUAUCUGCACGCAGUCAGAGGCACUGCUUGUCAUACCAUGGGAACCACCUUCCGAAGACACAGCGCCCGUGUCUCCGGCCAGCCCGCCCGGGAGGAGAGAGGUGUAAGUUUUGGAAACAAGCAGAAAAAGCCCUAAAUUUUGUGAGGUUUCUUGAAGGACUGGGAAAUCCCAUUUUCCAUGACUGAGUGCUCAAGUUUAAGCAAUGGAAACUCUCCAGUUCAAAUCCAAUGGGUGUGAGUGAAGGAGACUACUGUAGCACUUGAGAGAUUUCCAUCCCUCUUCUUCCCGGGAGCCGCAGUUGCUGACUUGGAGUUGAAGAAGCAUCUGCUUCAUGUGUGGUCAAACCUUGCAAGUCACAGAGAAAUCUAUGGUUCAUACUAAGCCGGUCACUUCAAUCCACUGCAAAGGGUAAAACACGGGACGAGAGCAGUCGGCAAGGAAGAAUGAAUUUUAGGAUUUCUCACUGAAGUGGGCAGAGACAUUUAGUCACUCGAACGAAGCAGGGCAAACCAAGUUGGCAUACAAGUUACCCGGAGAAACAGAGAGAUGGAUGCAGAGGCUGAGGCUAAAACGCAGCAUACCCACUCCAAAGGAACGAAGGUGCCCAUGAAUUCUCUAAUCCAGGAGCUCAGCAUGGCAUAUGAUUGCUCCGCGGCAAAGAAGAGGAGAGCUGAAGAGCAGGCCUCAGGUGUCCCUAUCAAUAAGAGAAAGUCCCUGCUGAUGAAGCCCAGACAUUACAGCCCAAACGUGAACGGCCAGGAGGGGCUUGAUACCAGGACGGAGGCGGAGGAGGACAACGGCCUGCUGGGGACCAACGCUCACCCGACCACAGAAGAAAUCAUGGCAAAACCGAUCGAUGACAGUGUUCAUUCAACUGCACAAGAAAACUCUCACGGGAGGGAAGACAGAUACGGCUGCUACCAAGAGCUCGUGGUCAAAUCCUUAAUGCACUUGGGGCCAUUUGAAAAAAGUGCCUCUGGUCAGACCGCAAAUGAAAACUUAAAUGACAGCGGCAUCCAGUCUCUCAAAGCAGAGAGCGACGAAGUCGACGAGUGCUUUCUCACUCAUUCCGACGAUGGGAAGGACAAAGCCAGCGACUCCCAGCUGAGAUUCUGCUCCUCCUCCUCCUCCGACAGCGAAAGCAACUCGGAGGGUACGGAGAACGGCUGGGACAGUGGCUCCAACUUCUCAGAAGAAACCAAACCACGCAGAGUCCCAGAGUACAUGUUGGUGGACAGCAGGAAAGACAUGCUGGAUGUCACCGAAAUAAAAACCGAAGGUGACAGGUUUGCCUCGUGUGAAGACAGGUGCGAUUCUGACCUCGAAAGGGGAGACCCGCAGCACGCUCACGCAGAAGCGUCGGGUGGCAAAGUGCAGGCCUCCUUCCCCGGGGCCGAGGAGGACGACAAGCAGUGCCUGGCGGUGAUGACGGAAGAGUCUGUGGGCCUGGAGAAGGCGAAGGGGAACUUGAGUCUGCUGGAGCAGGCCAUCGCCCUGCAGGCCGAGCGAGGCUGUGUGCUCCAUCACACCUACAGAGAGCUGGACCGGUUCCUGCUGGAGCACCUGGCGGGGGAGAGGAGGCACACCAAAGCCAUGGACGUGGGUGGAAGGCAGAUCUUUCACAGUAAACACUCGCCACGGCCUGAGAGGAGGGAGACCAAGUGCCCCAUCCCCGGGUGCGACGGCACAGGCCACGUGACCGGGCUGUACCCCCACCACCGCAGCCUUUCGGGGUGCCCCCACAAAGUGCGGGUUCCCCUCGAAAUUCUUGCCAUGCAUGAAAAUGUGCUCAAGUGCCCCACCCCAGGAUGCACAGGAAGAGGGCAUGUGAACAGCAACCGGAACACCCACAGGAGUCUUUCAGGUUGUCCCAUCGCUGCAGCUGAAAAAUUGGCCAUGUCCCAGGACAAAAGUCAGUUUGAUUCUUCCCAAACAGGGCAGUGUUCUGAGCAGGUUCACAGGACGAGCGUGGUGAAGCAGAUAGAAUUCAACUUCCGAUCACAUGCCAUCGCCUCCCCCAGAGCCACGGUGUCAAAAGAACAAGAGAAAUUUGGGAAAGUGCCAUUUGAUUAUGCCAGCUUCGAUGCACAGGUGUUUGGUAAACGCCCCCUAAUACAAACAGGUCAAGGACAAAAACCACCACCGUUUCCUGAAUCAGCGAGGCAUUUUUCAAACCCAGGGAAAUUUCCUAAUGGACUGCCGAGUGCAGGCGCCCACACACAGAGCCCUCGCCGUGCCAGCUCUUACAGCUACGGUCAGUGCGGCGAAGACACCCACAUAGCAGCAGCUGCUGCCAUCCUGAACCUUUCCACCCGCUGCAGGGAGGCUGCAGACAUCCUCUCCAACAAACCGCACGGCCUGCAUGCCAAGGGAGCCGAGAUAGAAGUGGAUGAAAAUGGCACAUUGGACUUAAGCAUGAAAAAAAAUCGAACCCCGGACAAAGCUGCUCCCCUCACUCCCUCUAACACGUCUAUUCCGACUCCUUCCUCAUCCCCAUUCAAAACCAGCAGCAUUUUGGUCAAUGCGGCCUUCUACCAGGCGCUGUGUGUCCAGGAGGGCUGGGACGCCCCGAUCAACUACAGCAAAGCCCACGGGAAGACAGAUGAGGAGAAGGAGAAAGACCCAGGGAACUCUCUAGAAAAUUUGGAAGAAAAAAAGUUUCCUGGAGAGGCUUCCAUGCCAAGCCCUAAACCCAAGCUCCACACAAGAGAUCUCAAAAAAGAGCUAAUCACCUGUCCAACCCCAGGAUGUGAUGGAAGUGGCCACGUCACCGGAAACUAUGCGUCCCACCGCAGUGUUUCUGGAUGUCCUUUAGCAGAUAAGACGCUUAAGUCCCUCAUGGCUGCUAACUCUCAGGAGCUUAAGUGUCCAACCCCAGGUUGUGAUGGUUCGGGGCACGUGACUGGAAACUAUGCUUCCCACAGAAGUUUGUCCGGCUGCCCUCGUGCCAGGAAAAGUGGCGUCAAAAUGACCGCUACGAAGGAAGAGAAAGAAGAACCUGAACUCAAAUGUCCUGUGAUAGGGUGUGACGGCCAAGGUCACAUAUCAGGUAAAUACACCUCCCACCGCACAGCUUCUGGCUGUCCCCUGGCUGCCAAGAGACAGAAGGAGAACCCUCUCCAUGGGGCCCCCCUCUCCUGGAAACUGAACAAACAAGAACUUCCACACUGUCCCCUGCCGGGCUGCAAUGGGCUGGGCCAUGUAAAUAAUGUGUUUGUCACCCACAGAAGCUUAUCUGGAUGUCCUUUAAAUGCACAAGCUAUCAAAAAGGGCAAAGUUUCGGAAGAACUAAUGACUAUCAAGCUCAAAGCAACAGGAGGUAUAGAGAGUGAUGAAGAAAUUAGGCAUUUGGAUGAAGAGAUAAAGGAACUGAACGAAUCCAACCUUAAGAUUGAAGCAGAUAUGAUGAAACUUCAGACGCAGAUCACAUCAAUGGAGAGCAAUUUGAAGACAAUAGAGGCGGAGAACAAGCUGAUCGAACAGAGUAACGAAAGCCUCCUGAAGGAGCUGGCAGGCCUAAGCCAGGCUCUCAUUUCAAGCCUCGCCGACAUCCAGCUCCCGCAGAUGGGGCCUAUCAGUGAGCAGAAUUUCGAAGCGUAUGUAAAUACCCUCACAGACAUGUACAGCAACCUGGAACGGGACUAUUCCCCAGAAUGCAAAGCGCUGCUAGAGAGCAUCAAACAGGCGGUGAAGGGCAUCCACGUGUAGGAGUGCAGCGGGCGGGCACCAGGGAUCCCCCUUCGCAGCCACACCGGUGCACCGGGCACCUG